UCGCAGCCAACGCAAGAAUAAUCACCACUUCUGUCUAAACGACUGAGGAGAAGUGCUUGCAAAAGGGUAAAACUGUCCCAACAUGGGCAUGAGUAGCUUGAAACUGCUGAAGUAUGUCCUGUUUUUCUUCAACUUGCUCUUUUGGUUCUGUGGCUGCUGCAUUCUGGGCUUUGGUAUCUACCUCCUGAUCCACAACAACUUCGGGGUGCUUUUCCAUAAUCUCCCCUCCCUCACACUGGGCAAUGCGCUCGUCAUCGUGGGCUCCAUUAUCAUGGUGGUUGCAUUCCUCGGCUGCAUGGGCUCCAUCAAGGAGAACAAGUGCCUGCUUAUGUCGUUCUUUGUCCUGCUGCUGAUUAUCCUCCUUGCUGAGGUGACCUUGGCCAUCCUGCUCUUCGUGUAUGAACAAAAGCUGAGUAAUUAUGUGGCUGAAGGCCUGAAUGACAGCAUCCGGCGAUACAACUCAGACAACAGCACCAAGGCAGCGUGGGACUCCAUCCAGUCAUUUCUGCAAUGUUGUGGUGUAAAUAAUGCGAGUGAUUGGGGCAAAGCCCACCCCUCAUCUUGCCCUCCAUAUCCAGAAGUUCAGGGUUGCUAUGCAAAAGCAGAACAGUGGUUUCACUCCAAUUUCCUGUAUAUUGGAAUCAUCACUAUCUGCGUGUGUGUGGUAGAGGUGUUGGGGAUGUCCUUUGCGCUGACGCUGAACUGCCAGAUUGAUAAAACCAGCCAGGUCCUAGGGCUGUGACCUGCCGCUGCCUUGUCCUGGAGAGACUUGUUUCAUCUCUGGAAAUCUCAAACCACUUACCGUGUGAAACCCUAAAUGACUACCUUUUGGACUGGCAGUUUUGUUCCCCUCCUAUCUC